CGAAUAGACGCGUGGUCGGGGAUCGAACAUAAAAUAUAGCGACUGGUGAUAAUUACACAAUCGCCUUGUGAUGCACGACAUGGAUUAUUGAGAAGUUGGUCUAAGAGCUCAGUGGAGCAGGUAUUUUCAAAAUUGCUCAACGACAAGCGAGGAAUUCGCAGCACAUGGGUCGAAUUCGCUGCUCUACGGACACCACCAUGUACGUGUGCCAUCUUUAACUCUGUAUGAUUGGGAGAAGUGGGCAGUUUUAGGCGUUCAGGAACAAGAGCUGUAGGCACAGGGCCCUAGCCCCCCGCGUGUGACAGGAUACGAUGGACCACGGCUGCAGUGGAGCUUUGCCGUCCUCUCCAGCUGACCCUCCCAAUAGCUGCCCAUCUGAGAACAGUCGCGGUCAUCAUGGCGCUGGGUGCUGAAGACUGGCCGGAAUCUGCCAUCAUGAAGGCCCACUUUCUGCUCAUGGCCAUGCUGGUGAUGGCCUCCACUUCCCCGUUUGCUACACAGACAGAUUCUUCUACAAAGGAUACAACUCUGGAAGUUGGAAAAUUAACAUCUAUGUCAUCCCUAGCAACAGUCAACACAUCCACACCAAAUUACCCUAAUCGACAAACACAAAAUGAUGAUCCGACAAGUCCAUCAAAGUCCACCACUAAUGUUUUAAAGAACCAAACUACAACAUUUUCAACUCCCACGGCAGAGGACGUGAACGGAACUCAAAUACAGUCAACUUGGAAAACAUCUGCUGUCGAUGAUCAGCUGACGCAAUCAGAUUCUCUGACAAAUAUACCAUCUGAUCAAAACGUGACAGCUUCGGCGUCCUCGACAGAAAACACCCUCACUUCAACUUCAUUUUCGACACCUAUGAGUGGUCAGACGACAGUGGGCUCAAACCUGACGAAUUUGGUGCCGACUAGGACACAGAGUCAAAUGCCGAGUACUCCAUAUCACGUCACAGAUGAUGUGAAUGCAACGUCCUCCCAGUCCAGUCCAACAUCCAUCGGUCCAACUCCGGCUGAAGAAACAGUAAGCCAACAAGACUCAACUUUGUUCCACGUUGCUGGAGACAUCAUAGAAGAGAACUCGACAGUUCCAUCGACAAACGUUCUAGAAAGGAAUUUGACGUCAACUUCUUUUGUGUCAUCGCCACAUGUUGACAGUCAGAUGCGGGCCGAGUCAAACUCGACCAUUUCUGUGGGAGUCAUUUCAGCGAACCAAUCUGUUACUUCUCUGUCUCCUCACACAGAUGAGACACCAAACGCAACGCUGCCCCGUUCCACUAUAGCAACAGUGAAAGAAGGAAGCACGUUAUCUUUCGGAAUAGAGAGUGAUAUUCUCACUUCAGAUGUUCCAACUUCAAAGUCAUUGCUUGCUGACGUUCAGAUGACAACAGACACAAACAUGACAGCUUUGUCUGGAGCUCCUUCAGAAAUCGAAAAUGUGACAACGAUCAACUCCCCUUCACCUUUCCUUUCAACCCUUGCCAAUGCUCGGACGUCAUUGGAUACAAACCCCACAGUGUCGAUCCCAAACAAUUCAAACGGACCUCACACAUUCGUUUCUCAACCCUCCACUCCAGAAAAGAACUCGACGCCACCCUCAUCCACUAAGCUUCCUACCAAUAGUCAAUCAGUAAUCGUCAUAAAACCGACAACCUUGGGGCCAAAUGUGUCGGAGAGUCAGACUGUAACUACACUGUUAUUUUCGACAGCGGGAAGCAACACAACCUCAUCCCUGUCGACUUCACAAUCUCCCCUCAUCAACACUCAAACAACAAGAAAGAUCACAUUGUCCCUUUCGACGCCAGACACUUCUCCUGGGCAAAAUGUGACUGCUUCAUCAUUCCAAACAGCAGCAAAUAUUUCGGCAUCGGCUUUGCCGGUACCAAAUUCAACACCUAGCAACAUCAGUCUGACCACAGCUGAGACCAACUUGGUGACUUCGGCGUCAAAUGUAAGUGAUUCCACACUCUUCAAAACUGACAGCAAGUCCUCGUCAUCCCAACCAACUUCAUUCUCUCCAGUCAAAAGUCAGCCGACAGACGACAUAAAGCCGCCCACUUUGGUGCCAAACGAAAACGGGACUGCCCAAAUCAAUUUGACAACAUCACUCUCUCAACUCAGUAAUGGUCAGUCGACAGUUGCUACCGUAUCAACAUUUUCGGUUACGGUUGAGAAAAACAUCUCAGCACCAUCCCCGUCCAUGUCGUCCACUCAACCAAUCUACAAUCAGUCAACAGUUGAGACGACAUCAACAAUUUCGGGGUGGAAUGAUACUUCUAAUUCGCCACACACGACAUCAGAAAACAGCUCCAUUUCAAAUCAGCCUCUCUCAAAACUCAGUAGCAGUCAGACGACGCUAAUUUCAAAAUCAACAUUUUGGGGCAAUGUUUCAACGCCACGCUCACAACCAACCACAGAGAGCGACAGUAGUCAGCAGCUGACAACAGAGGGAAUGGUUUUGAACAGUACCACACCCAUGGCCAAUAUUUCUGACAUGACAUUACCACCUUCAAAUUUCAAUACUUCAACAACCGUGUGGACAUCGACAAAUGACUCUGGUUCGACAUCACCUUUUCUCGGAUUCAGUGCAUCAACACCCGUGUGGACAUCGACUAGCAAUCCUGAUCUGACGUCGCCAGUCUCGAGAUUUAAUGAAUCGACACCAACAUUGGAAAAGACCGACAACUCGGCAUCGACACCACCAGUCACUGAAGUCAGUGCAUCAACUCACCUGGGGUCAUCUACCAACAAUCUCGGUCUGACGUCGUCAGUCUCAAGAUCCAUUCAAUCAACACCGAUAGAGGCAUCGACUGACAAUUCUGACUUGACAUCCCCUGUUCCAUUCCAAAAUGCAUCAACACCUGUUCGGCCAUCAAAUAAUUAUUCUCAUUUCACUUCACCAGUUCCGGACUACAAUGAAUCAACGCCCGUUUGGACGUUAACCGACAGCUCUAACGUGACUUCACCAAUCCAAAAAGAGACAGAAUCGACAUUUAAUGGGAAACCCUUGUCAUCAGUAAUUCCAGGACACAAUGCGUCAACAUCUCCAUGGGUAUCAUCUUAUAACGCCAACAACAGUCAGCAAUAUCUUUCUGAUCCAACGAUGAACAGCACUUCAACCAUUCAAACAAUGUCAUCUAACCUCCCGGCGUACGAUUCAACAACAAUGUCGACGCAAAGUAGUAGCCAUGGCAGUCUGCAUCAAACAACGAUAGACAUGCCAGUUACGGCAGGGGAUAUGACGAACUUAACAUCGCUUACAACCACACCAACGUCAGCACAGGAGAACAACGCCACAGUGAGCGUGUUUACAAGUACUUUCGACAAUACUUCACUAAAAGUAACAAGGGAUACAUUAACCACUGUCACCUACACCACUCUGAACGAUUCUUUAUCGACAGUACGAGGAGACAAUGAAUCGGCCGCAAUGUCCACACAAGUCACUACAUCCGCUACAAUCGACACCAACACCACAAUCUUGCUGCAGGAAAGAUCAUUUGAGGGGGUCCUCCGGGUAGUCUCGUUUAAAGGCGUGAGCGCCAUUUACAACUCAUCCUUGGAGGAUCCAACCAGUUCCUUCUACCAGGAGCUUAAAAGCAGCGUCGAAAAGUUUGUUAACAGCAUUUUUACAAGAUCUAGUCUGACGAGGGAUGACUACCUCGAGUGCAUAGUGCGCAAUUUCAGCAACGGGAGCGUCGUUGUCAAUUUUGGCGCUCUUUUGCGACCCACGUCGACGGUCACAGAAGGUGAUCUGGAGUCUGUGGCGACAACCAUAUUGGAUGUUACUCAAGGAACUUUUCCUGGAAGCGAUAUCACCGUUGACCCAGCGGCAACUUCUUUCAGAACGACAACAGGCACCCCACCGGCCGGGCCGACUCCCACCAUCUCACAAUCAGCCUUUUCAGUGACUCCACCGACUACCGAAGACACAAAGUACGACAAUUCUUCGGAUGCAGUGUCGACACUGGCAGUUGCUCCUGCAACCAACAUAUCUGGCCCCACACUCCAGCUGGAAGAAAGGUCUUUUGAGGGCAUGUUCCGCAUCGUCUCUUGGAGGGGCGCGGACGCAGUUUACAACUCUUCUUUGGCUGAUCCAAACAGUUUGUUCUACAAGCAGCUUGAAGGCAGUAUCAAGAAGUUUGUCGAUGGCAUCUACAAAUUAUCCUUGGUGACGAGGGACGACUACCUAGGCUCCACCGUGCGCCGUUUUAACAAUGGGAGUGUCCUGGUGAAUUUCGGUCUGCUGUUUCGACCCACGUCGACAGUAACGAUAGCUAACUUAAAGUCUCUGGCAACGACUAUUUUGGAGGCUACCCAAGGCACUCUGCCGGGUACAGACAUUACUGUUGAUCCAGCGGUAACCACUUUCACUCUCACAAACGAGUGUGAACUGGAAAUCGACGACUGUUCCAUGUACGCCCUGUGCCGGGAUCUAGGUGCGGACGGCUUCACUUGUCAGUGCUUGCCAGGAACAGUGGACACAAUGGCGGACCGACCAGGAAGACUCUGCCUUUAUCCGACAACAUUGGGGCCAGGUGGACAAAUAACGACUGCGGGGCUGGCAGUACCGACAGAGGGGAUGCACCCAACGACACCGGGGGUACUAUCAACAGGUUCAUCUUCUCCCGUGCCAAAGUCAUCUGUUACCAUGACUACGGAGAGUGCCACAGCGGGGAAGAAAGAUGAAUGGGAGGGUUGGCAGAUCGGGCUCUUUGUCCUGGGAGUCACCGUUGGGAUCCUGCUAUUGGCCGCCGUCAUCUAUCGCCUGGCCGUGCUGCGCCGACACUGCCGGUACGCGGUGGACCCAGAGAGACGUGACGAACAAGCCCGUGCGGAGCGGGCGGCACGCCGCGACCGCAGUUGGAGCUUCAUGUACCGGCGUCCAGAUGGCGAUGGGACCCCUGACCCGGCCGAGUACACCGACGGUGGGUUUGGCGGGAGUCUCCUUCCCGCGGACGGCCGAGCGGUGACCCCGACAGCUCCCCCUCUGGAAACAGCCGUAAACGAAAUGAACGAAACAGGGGUGCAGACGGACCCUGUCCCAGGGGAAAGCUCGUCGCACAGAGUCGGGGGAGAUGGCAUGGACCAAGAGGAUGAUGAAUCGGUGGCUCACGGUCAGCCGACAUCCACAGCGCAGCAACUUGAAGAGUCGACAUCAGUCGAUAUGGAAGGAAAUGGCGAUCAAGAGAAAACGAAGAAUGAGGGUGAAUCGACGUCAGAUGGCUGCAUUGUGAUGUAGCAGCAAACAAGAGGAAUCGCAGCGGCGGAUGUUUGAAGUAUGACGAACAAGAACAAUCAUGCACAUUCUCACUGUCCGACCUGCAGGUCAUUUUGGUCGCGCUACACGGAAAAAAUUGAUGCCAAAAUGUAUGUGCAUAAAAGUAGUAGAACAACACGCAACAUACAGCUUCCUAUAUUCUGAUUAUAUUUUACGGCUAGGAACAAGGAAUUUUUUUCACACAAUAUAAAAAUAUGCGUACUAGUUUUAAGGCUUUGUAUAAUAUUUUGAAGUACUAACAAAUAGGGGCAAUUCACAACAGUGCGCCACCAUGAGUUUGCAACGCGUUGGCCAAUCACAGUGCGCGAAAUUUGUCAACCCUUUCCG